AACACACCAGCUGUUAUUCUCUCGUAAAUUAGGUAACAUAGCUACAGCUAGCUAGCUAGUUAGACGAGCUGUCAACGUUUGCUACCUUGGCUAUCUAGAUCUAGUUAGUUACCUUUCCAGCAACAGUAUACAGCAUACUGCAUACAGUUUCAUCCCUACCAGGAAGUCCAACCAGAAGAACAAUGUACUGCAGCUAAGGGCCUCCUUUUCCCAGAACAUCCUUUGACUCUUGGAGGAAUGUUUAUCUCUCCGGGGGAACAGACACGUGCCAUAGAUGUCCACAUGAAGGAACAUUGUUGUUGAGAGCCCUCCUCCACAGGCCUCUUGCAGCUCAAAGGCAGAAAUGGAUGAUUUCACGACUCGGACAUAUGGAACAACUAGACUGGAUAACAGGCCCUUGUUUGGGGAGACAUCCGCCAGGGAUCGAAUUGUCAAUUUAGUAGUGGGUGGACUCACAUUUUUACUAGUUCUAGUAACCGUUAUUUGUUCUUUUGUCUUUCCCACACCUCCGAGACCAUUGAAUAUUUUUUUUGCCUUCUGCAUCCUAAUGAUAUGUGGUGCAGUUGUGAUUCUAAUAUUCUGGUAUCGGCAAGGAGACCUGGAGCCCAAAUUCCGAAACCUGAUCUAUUACAUCCUGUGUUCAAUAGUUUUGUUGUGUAUAUGUGCCAACUUGUAUUUUCAUGAUGUAGGGAAAUGAAUGAAUAUCAAGUAUGCCUUAAAAGCUGCUCACUGAACGAGAAGCUGUUAAACAGGAACAGAUUGUACCUUACUUCAGCAUAAAGAAUAUGGAAGCGUAUUAAUGAAGUAACUAUUUCGUAAUUCAGAAACCAUUUUAAAUAUGGAGGUUUUGAUAGUGCCACCAUGUUUUGCAUAUAGGGUUGGACAUUUGAGCCUGUACUGUAUUUAUAUGGCAUGUGGAAAAAGGUAACUUCUCAGGUGUGAUCAGACAUGCAUGUGAUGUAAUUUACUCUAGAUAGGACUUCUGUGAUUUUCCAGCUAUUAUGCAUAGGGCUGUGAGGUGUUACAGUUGGCAAUAAUCUUUUAGAUUAAGAACUCAUUAGUUUAGAUUCUUUUAGAUUAAUACCAUGAAAUGUCAUGUGUAGAUUUCUGGAAUCUCUGCUGGAAUAAUCAACCAAUGGAUCACUGGGUAGAUGGAAUUAAGAGACUAAAAUAUGCCAACAUUCAUGUGAAGGCACAGCUCUGGGAAAAGCCAAAGGCUAUUUCAGCUUAAACUUUUUUUAAAUAUAAAAGUAUAUGCGUGUAUAUACAAAUGUGUAUAUAUAGCAAUGUGUGUGUUUGUGUGUAUACAUAUUUUUUCACACACACACAAAAUAAUGAUUUAUACAUUCCAAAUUUUCAAGAGAUUUUCAGUGCAAUUUUAAAAUCCUUUCCCCCCUUUGGAGAUUACAUUCCUUUUAUUAUAGCACUUAUAUGAAUAAAUGACAAAAUAAUAGUUUAAUUUCUUAUUGUGAUUUCUGAAAAACACAGCACUUUUGUGUCAUAUUGUUUAACUGGAGGUCUUACUAACUGAAUAUCAAUGAGACUGUAAAUCUGCCAUUUUCUAUACCAAAUUUCUGUAAUAAACAGAAUGUUUAUUUUG